UAUCGAUCAGCUGCCCUCAACGACAAGCUCUCCCUCCAAAACCAGAGGUUCCGAAACAUCGCUGGGCUGGAGGAGAUGAAGGAUGUUCGCGUGCUGUGGCUGCACCACAACUUGAUCGACAAGUGCGAAGGGUUGUCGCAUCUGAGCAACCUCCGCAUCCUCUACCUCCAGUCCAACAGGAUCUCGUCUCUCCGCGGGCUAGAAGACCUCGCGCAGCUGCACACGCUCAACAUCAGCAUGAACCUCAUCACGAGCCUUGAAGGCAUUAUCUUCCUCAAGAACCUGACCAACCUCGACGUCUCUCACAACUCUCUUUCCUCUACUCGUGACAUCACCGAGCUUCAGUUCCUUCCCAACCUCACAGUCCUUGACAUGUCGAGCAACCGCUUCGAGGAAGAGGAGCUGAUCUCGUUCCUGGUCGCGCUCCCUCUCCUCGCCGUCCUCUCUCUCAAAGGAAACCCCUUAUGCAAGUCAGUAGAA